AGAGAUUACGUAUCUAAGCCUCUCCUGUGUGAUACUAUCUGCAGAGACCGUGUAUCUAAGCCUCUCCUGUGUGAUACACAGCAGGCACUGUGUAUGUGGUGUUAUGAUCCUCUGUUGGGAUCAGGUUCCUCCUCGGGGCCCGGCUGUAGAUCUGGACAUAAUGUUACCAUGACCGGGCCCUCCACCAGCCCCUCAUUCUCAUUGGCUGAGCUCCACGCCUCCAGCCAAUCACAGCGCCCGGUGAUCAGUGCUGCGGUCACUGUUGUUCCAGGAAUGAGACGUCCAUGACGCAGAGGAAACUGUGACAGGACAGGAGAGCGCCCCCAAAAUAUCACUCCGACAGUCAACAUGUUAUGAGGCUGCUGCGCCCAAAAUAUAAAAGCUACAACCCCGGUCAUCACUGUCAACAAGUAGGAGCCUGGACACCAAGCGAGAGACUCCGAGGGAUCAGCAGGACCCUGGACUGCAGGACACAGGUGAAACUUAUCACUAGUCGUAGACCGUAACCCUACCAGACAAAGAAAGAUGGUCGGACUGAAGCCCUCUGAGGUUCCCCCAACAUUGAUGGUGAAAUUUGUGGGUGCUGGGACGGCGGCCUGUAUUGCGGAUUUAGUCACCUUUCCCCUAGACACGGCGAAGGUCAGACUGCAGAUCCAAGGGGAGGGUCUGUCCGGCGUCCGAGUUGUCCAGUACAAGGGAGUGAUGGGGACCAUUUCCACCAUGGUGAAGAUGGAGGGGGCGGCCAGUCUCUACAAUGGGCUGGUGGCCGGGCUGCAGCGACAGAUGACCUUCGCCUCCAUCCGGAUCGGGAUGUACGACUCAGUGAAACAGUUUUACUGUCGCCAGUCAGAAAAUUCCGGGGUCAUGUGCCGAAUUCUCGCCGGAUCCACAACCGGGGCCCUGGCCGUCACCUGCGCUCAGCCCACCGAUGUGGUGAAAGUGAGGUUCCAGGCAGACGUCAGGGUCAUAGAUGGUAACCGGCGGUACAACGGGACAGUGGACGCCUACAAGACCAUCGCCAAGGAGGAGGGAGUCCGAGGACUGUGGAAAGGGACUUUACCCAACAUUACCCGCAACGCCAUCGUAAACUGCGCAGAAUUGGUGACCUAUGACCUUAUCAAGGAAGCCAUCUUGACCCGCCAGCUCAUGACAGAUAACCUGCCGUGUCAUUUCGUGGCUGCGUUUGGCGCCGGUUUCUGUACGACAGUCGUGGCCUCUCCAGUGGAUGUGGUGAAGACUCGGUACAUGAACUCUACAGCUGGGCAGUACAAGAACGCAUUAAACUGUGCCGUCACCAUGCUGGUGAAUGAGGGAAGCCUGGCAUUUUACAAGGGGUUUGUCCCGGCAUUCCUCCGGCUGGGCUCCUGGAAUAUCGUUAUGUUCGUGAGCUAUGAGCAGCUGAAGAGGGCGAUGAUGAUGGUUCACGGCUCCUGGGACGACCCCCACUAAACAGCCCUGACGUUCAGGGGGUCACAAUACUUUUCUAGUGGCCAAGCUAAGCUGCUCGCCCCUGGGUGUGAGGGGUGAAAGGUCAUACCUCCUGGAGGCCAACUUAUAGGUGCCCAUAGAUAUGUGGCAGCCAUGUGUAGGGAGAAGGUUGUGUGAUACCUGGAGGACUGUCUGAUGGGAUUAUUUGGAGGAUCUACAGGUGACCGGACAUGUUCUGAGCCGAUCCUUCUGCCGGCGUCUAAGUGACUGGAAUCUGCUGUGUAAGCACCUGGAUUUAUGGUGCCACUCCUUGUGCCAUGUGGGUAUAAAACAGGGCAAUGUCCAGGAGGGCAAAGAGCAGAUCAUGACUGUAAAAUGUACUGUAAUACAUCUUGGUGAGACCAAUAUAUGGAGGGUGGAAAUUUGACCAAUAACUCAUAGGCUACCAACAGGCAACCCAAAAAUACCCUUUUCUUUCCAUAAAGCUUGAUAAAGCUACUCCGGUAGCGAAACAUGUCGAGGGGGGCCGUGUAAAAUUGCGUAAGUGUAUAGGACAG